CCGCGGCGCAUCGUCACAAUGGAGCGGAGAAUUCGCGCGAAACCGAUCUGUUGUCUCACGCUGCGUCCGCUUUACGAAGGUUGCACUUCAAAUCGGCCGGCGGGAGUCGAAGUUGCCGCACCGUUCCGAAAGUCGUUGUCAUGGGCUCGAGUACCGCUUCCGAAACUACGAUCAACACCAGCACGGACAGCGCGAACACGAUGCUCACGAUGGUGACGACAACGGACGGGGAGCAACCGGACGACAGCUUCGAUCUGAUGGACAUUCCGUCGGAGAUGUCACCGCCCGGUGCAUCUUCGAGCACUGCUCCACACUCCGAGUUAAUAUCUCCGGUUCUGGCUGUGACGACGGAGGCACAGCCACCGGCGCUGCCUCCGCCUCCGGCGCCGCCACCCUCUGACUCCUCUCCAUCCGGCGAGUGUUCCACCGGGGAGGAGAAGGGAGCGAAAGCGUGUUUGGCGUUGUCGACUGGCGGCGCGUUCAGAUCCGAGAUCCCGAUCGGUUGUCUGGACGUUCGCGCGACCAGUAUCUCGAAUCUUCUGGACGAGACCGAGGCGGUACCGAUCGACGCGAUACCGCUUGGCAUCCACGUCGCGAUGAACGACACGGCCGCUACCACCGCCACCGCCACCGCCAGGCUCUCUGCCGUCUCGGGAAGAACUCCGCCACUUCCGGACCUUCGAACCGCCGAUUUCUUCAGCACACCCGUCAGGGGUUCCGUGGACGCCGGCCAGCCGGACGCGAACGGCCCCCUGAAUCCGAUGCUGACGUUGAUCGUCGGCAGAUCCCGCGAGGGCGGGAAUCGGACAGCAGACGGACAGGGGAGACCGUGCGUGAACGUGACGACGAAUCCUUUGGACAUAUCGUUGAUCGGAGCUCGGCCGACUAACGACCGAUCGAGCGACGGUUCAUGUAGAACCAGUGGCAGCAAGUCUCGAGGAAAAGCCGCCGAAUCGCAUCCCCUCGUUUCAACCAUUCAUUCAUGGGUCAGGCUCUUUUUCCCGUUUUGCGCAAUAGGAGGCAAUGCCAGUGGAAAUAAGAGAUCGACGCAAGCGGCGACGAUCGUAGUUCAGCAACCGUCCCUCUCGUUGGACGGAACGGCCGGGGCCGCGACGAUACUGCUGCACCCGGAGCUGGACGUGAGGCGCCGCGAAGAGAAUAUGAGGCAGCUGUUGGACGUUGCGAACACGUUGACGCUACAGGAGAUACACGACUUCGAGAUGAGGUACGGCAGCCCACAUCACAGCCGAUCGCAGUCGGUGAAGGCUCCCGGAAGUCGCUCGUCCGGCCGGCCGAAUUACUUGUGUCUUCCGCAACAAAGGUCGAGAGUGGCGAGCAUGCCGAACACCGGCGUCGAGGAAGAGUACUACAGGCUCCGACAUUUCAGCAUAACCGGUAAAGGGGUGGUGAACCGAGGGGACUCUUUGAAAAGUCGGAGAUCGCGAUCCAACAAUAGCGUCGCUUCGAGCAACUCGAGCACGGAACACUUGACGGCUUCGUAUCCUGGCUCGGCGAGGAACUCCGCAGCAGGCUCGUUGGCGAGCUCCCGCGAAAGCAGCGCGUCUCAGGGACCAACUCCGUAUCGCGUUCUGAUGCUGGGAGCAUCAGCCGUGGGGAAAAGCUCGCUGGUAUCCCAGUUUAUGACGUCGGAAUAUCUUCACGCUUACGAUACAUCGAUCGACGACGAAUCGGGCGAGAAAACCGUGAGCGUUCUCCUGGCCGGAGAGGAAUCCGAGUUGACUUUUAUCGACCACUCUACCGCCGAGAUGACGCCGGAAACUUGCAUAACCACGUACGAACCGCACGCUUACUGCGUCGUCUACUCGACGACCGAUCGAGCCUCGGUACGCGUGGCCGAAGAAGUUUUGCAAACGCUUUGGCGCAGCGAUUACGUGUCGGCACGAGCGGUGAUCCUUGUUGGAAACAAAGUCGACCUCGUUCGCAGUCGAUUGGUUUCAACCGAAGAAGGCAAAUCUAUGGCCACGUCCUACGACUGCAAAUUUAUCGAGACAUCCGUCGGAAUUAAUCAUAACGUGGACGAGCUUCUCGUCGGCCUGCUUACGCAAAUUCGCCUCAAGCUGGAGAAUCCUGAAAGAACGAGGGACCUGUUCCGAAAGAGGUCGCGAAAGAAUCGUAGCAAAUCACCUUUGGGAUCUUGCUCGGAGAAUAAUUCGCCGAAAAAGUAUCGCGGUAGUCGUACAAGUACCAGUCUGAAAGUGCGAAACUUGUUGGGUAAGGUAUGGGCGAGAGACAGCAAGUCGAAGAGUUGCGAAAACUUGCACGUUCUCUAACAACCCUAAAUGCAUACCAAGCCUCCGAACGAUGCGCAGUUUUCCUCUCUCCCCUCCUCUUUCUUCGAUCGCAUUGGAUUUUCCAUUGCCAGGGACCACCGCCACGUAUUGGCCUGCGAAUAUUUUUAUCCCUCCCUCCCUCCGUCUUCCUCUCGAUUCAUUCGGAUGGCCUGCGAAUUGACGAAAUGUCCAGUUCGGUGUUUUUAACCUAAUCCAAAGACUUCUUUUUUUAUGCCAUUUCUCCCC